AUGCCUGUUGAGCGCAACAACUGCACAAGAAAUAAUAAUGAGACUUCUAACCUGGACCUGCACCAUCGCCCUUUGGCUCCUAGGUGCAACAAUUCUCCAACGACUGGUCCCCAGAGAGCACCAACCCCUCACCCUUCCCACCUCCAGACCCUAGAGGAGCGCUUCACCACUGGAAUAAUAGAAAUGCCAGUUCCUAGGCGUCCUAUCCUGAGUUUCCCUUCUCAGCAAGAGUCUGAUGAUUCUUCUCUGGAAUUUCUUGAUGACAGAGGUUUCCAUAAUCUAUUCGCACCCCUCCUGCCAAACGUCACUCGCCGACCUUUCCUUAUCCCUGGACCCCCGGACUCCUCCAAUAGCGACACUAUAGACCUGCACCAGUUUCCCGGACCCCUGGAAAUCUCUCAGACCUCAGAAGCAUCCUCCAGAUCUUACCACGUUGCUCCUGCACAGGUUUUCCCACCUUCAUUGCCCAUGAAUACUUCGUCUUCUCCAAACCCUGACAGUCCCCCCACUGCAUCCACCGAUUCCCCCAGCAUGCCACCUCUUGCCUCUGAUGCCUCUGACAAUGGUAGCCUUGACCACGCCCCCAAUCUAUGGCUACUGGCCGGCAUCAGCGAGUACAUUACCACAUCAGAAGGACAUAGCAGUGACCCUCAGGAAUUCGUAGUCUACAGCGACAAUGUAAUUCAGCAGCCCUCUAAUGAUGUCACCCAAUACUGGUGA